CGCAUAAGUUCAGACGUUGCUUAGUUUCAUUUAAGCUCUGUGAUAGUACGUAUGUGUGUGUGACCAUGAAACUGUGCUUGAUAUUGAUUUUAUUGACCAUUAUUCGUUUUGGAAAUGGAAGCCAGAUAAAAACAACGCAGCCAUAUAAAUAUUUAACGAAACCGACCAACGAUAUAACAAUAAAGAUAAUGGUACAUAUAGACAAAGAAUUGACGAGGAAACUAAUCCAGAAGUACGGAUUGAAGACGAGAAAGAAAUUGAAAAAUCUGACACAUGGUAUAUUAGAAAACGCAAGGAAACUAUUCAUGCAUCCAAGUUUGAACCAAACGAUUAACUUUAAGUUAUUAGACACAAGAUUUCUAAGAAACAGUAAAGUGAUAGCGAUGGAUGAAAACGCGCCAAAGUAUCUCAGUAGUUACUGCGACUGGCAGAGUAAAAAGAAGAUGAGUGAAAGGUCAUUGUACUAUUCAGUACUGUUGACAGGAUUAGACUUAUUCCACGUCAACGAUGGCAAACUAAUUCGGAGUAACUCAGGUCGUGGCUACACGAGAGGAAUGUGCAGCGUCAGAAAAAGCUGUGCUCUCAUUGAAUGGGAUCCGAGAACUAUUAGUUUUUUAUUAGCACACGAAAUUGGUCACAGCCUAGGCAUGAGACAUGAUGGGCCACCAUAUAAUCAAUGUAGUGAUCAGAAAAACAUCAUGGCAAUAAAAUACGACGAAUCACACCAUCCAAAGAGCUGGUCUCCUUGCAGUUGGUUUUCGUUGAGACAGUUUUUAAAGACCAGUAAAGCGUGGUGCGUCAGAACUGAACAUGAUAGAAGAAAUACAUUAAAACAUUAUGUAUCAAGGAACUAAUAUUUGUGAUAAAGAGAGCAUUUAUUUAUAGAACUAUCUAGUCAGAUUAUACCGCAACAGCCUGUGAAUGUCCCACUGCUGGGCUAAAGGCCUCCUCUCCUCUUUUUGAGGAGAAGGUUUGGAGCUUAUUCCACCACGCUGCUCCAAUGCGGGUUGGUGGAGUCAGAUUAUAAAAUGUUAGCAAUUAAAGUUACUGACUUAAACUGACAUUAACAGAUAAUUGUGGAUUACCCGCUAAAAACAAAUAAGUAAGUUGUUACUGGGCUGGUAAUACUUUGAUAAAAUUCA